UGGCUAAAGAUCCUUAUAGGACAGGCAAAAAGAAAAAAAAAAAGAAAGUUAAAGGCUCACUUUGCCAGACAGGGCAUCCCGGACAUUGUUGUAUCAGAUAAUGGACCACAGUAUACGUUGGUGCCUCUAAACAGUUUCACCCCGGUUCGUAGAUUCCUCAGGCCUCCAGAAAGAACACCGGGACUCAGUAGUCAAUUAACAACUAUUUUAUUAAUUCACACUUAUUGAUUACACCUUCUAGAAGGGAGAUGUACAUAGGGUUGCCAACCGUCCCUUAAAAAACAGAAUCGUCCCAUAUUCAGAAACAAAAGUACACGUCCCAUAUUGAGCUGAAAAGGGACGCACUUUGUCCCGUAAUACAGGGAGAAUCACAAAAAGUCUAUAAAUGUUAAUGGAUUUAACGCUUUGUUUGAAAACAUAAUUCCCAGCCCCUCUCCUGCUCUGUGACCAAUGAGCUGACAGCACACUUACGCACGAGUAUAACAAUUCAGAUUACCGCUUAUCUCAUUGGUCGAGGAAAGGUCGCGUGCGGAGAAGAUACCGGAAGACAACAGAUGACCACAACAAGAAAGCAUGGCCAACAGGGAGACAAACACCGACACUGCGGCGCAAGUCUGGGACGACAGUACACCUUCGACCAACAGUGUUUUUUCCCCUCCUAGAAAGAAAAAAAAAGGCUGCAAAAAUACAGGGAGGAAUGGGAAAAUGAAAACACCUGGCUGGGAAAAGUGCGCGAUAACACGUAUAAAGCGCACUGCACUGUGUGCCGGCGCACUUUUUCCAUUUGCCAUGGUGGACUGACUGACGUUAAGCAGCAUGCUUCUACUGGUGGGCACAUGAUGAACAUGAGGGGCGUGAAAGAAAGGGGAACCCUUGACCAAUUUGUUGUCCACCAGGCCACGGCAGAAGCAGAUAUGGUGACUGCUGCAGAGGUGACCCAUAUCUACCACACUGUAAAGCACGGUUUAAGUUAUAACUCGGCUGACUGUGCACUCAAACUGACUGUACGAACGCUGAAUGACUCCAGUAUUGCCAAGAAGAUGUCCUGCGGAAGGACGAAAGCUGAAGCAGUUGUCACAGAUGUCCUGUCUCCAAAGGCAAUAGAAGAGGUGAUCAAAAAAUUGAAAAGUGGUGCAACUCCACUCCCAUUGUCUCUUCACACUGAUGCUUCAAAUAAGGGAAAUCGGAAGAUGUUUCCCUUGGCCUUGCAGUUUUUUACACCAGAAGCUGGAGUUGUCAACAAGAUAUUGGAUUUUGUUGAAAAUCCAGAUGAGUCUGCAGAGGGAAUAGUAAAAAUAAUACAAAGCUCUCUUGAAAACGUGGGGCUAUCCUUAGAUCAGGUUUCGGCAUUCAGUGCUGACAAUGCAAAUGUAAAUUAUGGCAUCCACAACUCAGUCUUCACAAAAUUGAGAGAGACCAACAGUGAGAUCCUUCGUGGCAACUGCCAUCCAUGAUAUCCUACGCCAUGUUGUGACGAGAUGGCUGUCACUCAACCCUGGAAUCACCCGCCUGCUGCAGAACUGGGACCCGCUGAAGUCGUAUCUCAUUAGCAUUGGUGAGGAACGUCCAAGGCUCCUGAAGGAAUUGCUG